CCGAGUGCGUCCGCUUAGUUCCGUUAUACACCGUGUGACAGGCUGAAGAAGGUGGGCUCGAGAAACCCGUUUUGGAUCAACGAGGUCUUCACUAAUCCAAUAUGAAGUCAAUCGCUGUCCUUCUUUUGGUGUCCGCGUAUAUGGCGGUGCAGGUGUCCGGUCACGGCCGUCUGAUGAACCCUCCGUGCCGUGCCACCAUGUGGCGAGUCGGAUACGACACUCCACCCGACUACAACGACAACCAGCUCUUUUGCGGUGGAAAGAGCCACCAAUACGAUACCCAGGGCGGCAAGUGCGGUAUCUGCGGAGACGCGUACGAUGAGCCCCAGCCACGUACUCACGAGAUCGGAGGACCCUACUACAAGGGCAUCAUCGUCCGCAACUACGCUGUCGGUCAGGAGAUCAAGGCGACCGUUCAGAUCACGGCCAACCACCUGGGUUUCUUCCAGUUCAAGAUGUGCCCCGUCUCCGGGGACGUGGAGGCUACGCAGGAAUGUCUGGACAAACACAUUUUGACGGUGGCCGGCACCAACUCGACUGAUUACUACAUCACAGAUGAAGUGCGCGACUUCGACGUCACUCUGCAGCUGCCCGAGGACCUCGAGUGCGAACACUGCGUCUUCCAGUGGCGGUACCACGCUGGCAACGACUGGGGAGUCUGUCCGGACGGCACUGGAAGGGACGGCUGCGGACCCCAGGAGGAGUUCUACGGAUGCGCCGAUGUCUCCGUUUCCCGACCCUAGGAAUGGUAAGCUUUGAAGACGAAUAUAGAGAUGUGGAAGAUGCCCUGGAAGGUCAGCAAUUUUUCGUCUAUCAGCCAGUGAGGCCGAUAAUGCGUAAUUCAGAUUCUAUCUUCCGAGACCUCCACCAUGCUGCAGGUUUCAGCGAAACUUCAGCCUAAGCUGCACCCGUAGCCGGGCGGUUUACGACUCAGGGAAUCAAGAGUGGGCAUAGAGGCUGCAUUUAUUCGUCUGUAUUUUGUGUAAAUGUUUCAAGAAACUGUGCCUUAACGAUUGCAUGGUUAGUUUGAUAUUUCAAAUAUACCUACACACAUCAGCA